UGUUAACAAUGGCUGAAGCUGCUGCUGCUGCCCUCGUCAAAGUCAUUUUUGACAAGCUAGCCGAUGAAGCCUUCAAGAAAUAUGCCCGCUCUCAGAAUAUUCACUCGGAGCUCAAGGAAUUGGGGAUCACGCUGUCCCAGAUCCAAGCUCUGCUUAAUGAUGCUUCAAACAAGGAAAUAACUGAUGAGUCUGUCAGACUAUGGCUCAACCGUCUCCAACAUCUGGCUUACGAUAUCGAUGACAUGCUCGAUGAUGUGGCUACUGAAGCUAUGCAUCGUGAGCUGACCCUGGAAUCAGAAGCAAGCACCAGCAUGGUAAGAAAGUUCAUCCCAACUUGCUGCACAAAGUUCUCACUAAGCCAUAGGCUGAGUCCCAAGUUAGACAGUAUUACCACCCGGUUACAACAUCUAGAAAAACAAAAUCCUGGUUUGAUUGUGAAAGGUGAAAAGCCAAAAAUUAAUACUAAUAGAAGAAACGAAACCUCUUUGCUAGAAUCUGAUGUUGUUGGGCGAGAAGGUGAGAAAAAGAGAUUGCUCAACCAGCUGUUAGUAGGUGAAUCAUCUAAGGAAAACUUUAGUAUCUUACCCAUAGUUGGUUUGGGUGGAGUGGGAAAGACCACUUUGGCUAGAAUAUUGUAUAACGAUACGCGGGUGACGGAUCACUUUGAACUCAUGGCUUGGGUUUGUGUUUCCGAUGAGUUUGAUGUAUUCAAAAUAAGUGAAACCAUCUUUGAAUGUGUGGCUAUAGAAAACAAACAGUUUAAAGAUGUAAAUCAGCUUCAAAUUGCUCUUAGAGAGCAAUUUAAGGACAAACGAUUUCUACUAGUACUUGAUGAUGUGUGGAAUCAAAACUAUGAUGAUUGGGAAAUACUAGUGCGUCCAUUUCAUUCUGGGGCUGCUGGAAGUAGGGUAAUCAUGACAACUCGCCAGCAGGAUCUGCUUAAAAAGAUAGGUUUUAAUCAUGUAGACAAUCUCGAGAGUUUGUCGAAUGAAGAUGCUUUGUCUUUGUUAGCUCUACAUGCAUUAGAUGUAGAUAACUUAGAUUCGCAUGAAACACUUAAACCACAAGCUAAAGGUUUCGUGAAAAAGUGUGGUGGUUUGCCUUUAGCUUUAAAGGCAAUUGGAAGGUUACUCAGAACAAAAACCGAGGGAGAAGAAUGGGAUGACGUGUUGAAAAGUAAGAUAUGGGAUUUAGAAAAUGCUGAUGCAAUUGUUCCAGCCCUAAGGCUAAGCUACCAUGAUCUUCCUGCUGAUUUGAAGCGCUUGUUUGCAUACUGCUCUUUGUUCCCAAAGGACUUUGUGUUUGACAAGGAGGAGUUGAUAUUACUAUGGAUAGCUGAAGGGUAUCUGAACGAGUCAACUGCAAACAAAUCACCAGAACGCUUGGGCCAUGAAUAUUUUGAGAAAUUGCUAUCAAGGUCCUUUUUUCAACCCGCACCUAGUGGCGAACCCUUUUUUGUGAUGCAUGAUCUCAUGAAUGACUUGGCCACAUUUGUUGCUGGAGAAUAUUUUUUGAGGUUUGACAGUCAGACGGACACGGCAGAGGAAGCUUUAGGCAAGUACCGACAUAUGUCAUUUAUGCGUGAGCACCAUGUGGGUUUCCAGAAGUUUGAGGCAUUUCAAAGAGCAAGAAGUUUGAGAACCCUGUUAGCUGUAUAUGUUGGGGUAGAGCAAAGCUGGAACAAGUUUUACAUAUCCAAUAAAAUUUUGGUUGACUUAUUUCCUCAGCUAACACUGUUACGGGUUCUUUCUUUGAGUCGUUUUGAUAUAAGUGAGGUACCGGAUUCCAUUUGUAGUUUGGACCAUGUGAGGUAUCUUAAUUUGUCUCGAACAAAUAUCUCAAAGUUACCAGAGAAUGUUGGUAAUCUUUACAAUUUACAAACAUUGAUCGUUUUUGGUUGUAAGAGGUUGAGUACAUUGCCUAAAAGCUUCCUAAAGCUCAAAAAGUUGAGGCAUUUUGACAUCAGGGAUACUCCACUUUUAGAGAAGCUACCCUUGGGGAUUGGUGAGUUAAGAAACCUUCAAACUCUCACCAAGAUUAUCAUUGGAGGUGAUGGUGAAUUUGCAAUAACCGAGCUUAAGGGAUUAAAGAAUCUCCAUGGAGAAAUUUCCAUCGAGGGGUUGAACAAAGUGCAAAGCUCAAUGCAUGCACGAGAGGCAAACUUAUUAUUAAAAGGGAUUAAUAAGUUGGAGUUGAAAUGGGAUGAUGGUUCUAUAAGAGAAAUACUUGAGAAGGAGGUUCUCAAUGAGUUGAAGCCCAAUAGUGACAAGUUAGAAAUGCUUGUAGUUGAGUGUUAUAAGGGAAUAGAGUUUCCAAGUUGGGUUGGGGAUUCGUCUUUUCAUCGACUGGUUCAAGUGUCGCUACGCGGUUGUAAAAAAUGUACAUCUCUACCGCCACUUGGGCAGUUACCUUCACUUAAGGAGUUGUUGAUUCAAGGAAUGGAUGAUGUUAAAGUCAUAAGUUUGGAGUUAAGUGGGAGUACUGAUGUUACCUUCCCUUCACUUGAAAUUCUAAGGUUUGAAGAUAUGUCGAGUUGGGAGGUAUGGUCAGCCAAUAGCGAGGAAAUGUUUCCAUGCCUUCGAGAGCUUCAAAUAGAAAAUUGUCCCAAUUUGAUUGAUGUCUCACUUGAAGCAUUACCUUCACUAAGGGCUUUAAGAAUAUAUAAAUGUUGUGAAAGUGUGCUGAGAAGUCUGGUUCGAGCAGCUUCAUCAACCACAGAGAUAGAAAUCGGAUCUAUUUUAGGGCUUACGGAUGAGGUGUGGAGAGUUGCUAUAGAGAAUUUUGGGGUGAUGGAAACAGUAAAAAUCAUGGAUUGUGAUGAAAUAAGAUACAUGUGGGAAUCAGAUGCAGAGGCAAGUAAAGUUCUUGUAAAUUUAAAGGAACUGAAGGUAUGGGAUUGUAAAAGAUUGGUGAGUUUAGGAGAGAAAGAGGAGGAUGAGGAUAAGAUUGGGAGCAACCUCCUAUCAUCUCUUAGGACUUUGGAUGUACAACAUUGCCCUAGUAUGGAGCGUUUGUGUUGUCCAAAUAGCAUGGAGAGUUUAGACAUCGGUUGGUGUAGGUCAGUUAGACAUGUCUCCUUCCCAAGAGCAACAACAACAGGUGGAGGAGGGCAGAAUCUCAAGUCACUUACUAUAAAAGAGGGCUGGAAAAAUUUGAAAUCAAUAAGUCAGUUGAGUAACUCCAUUCACCUCACCUCUUUGUCCAUACGUGACUGUCAAAGCAUGGAAUCAUUUUCCGAUCUUCAGCUAUCAAGCCUCACCAGAUUGAUAAUAGAAGGUUGUGAAAGCAUAGAGUCAUUUCCUAACCUCCAUCUUCCAAAUCUCACAGAUCUGGAGAUAUUACAUUGCAAAAACUUGAAGGCAUUUGGUGACCUGCAGCUACCAAAUCUAAUCAGUUGGAUAAUAUGGAAUUGUGAAAAUCUGGAAUCAUUUCCUGACCUUCAGCUAUCCAAUCUCACCAUGUUAAAAGAUAUGGAUAUCAUCAGUUGUCCAAUGAUUGAUGCUUCCUUCCCUCGUGGGCUUUGGCCUCCCAAAUUGGAUUCCCUUGUAAUAGGGGGGUUGAAAAAGCCCAUCUCAGAAUGGGGCUAUCAGAAUUUCCCAGCUUCCCUUGUUCACCUAAGAUUAUCGGAUGAACCACAUGUGAGGAAUUUUAGUCAAUUGUCCCAAUUUUUCCCUUCUUCUCUUACAUCUUUGGAAAUAUUCGAAUGUGAUAAUCUCGAAACAGUUUCAAUGGGACUCCAACACCUCACAUCUCUUCAACAUAUUGGAAUUUGGGGAUGUCCAAAGCUGAACGAUCUACCAGAGACGCUAUUACCUUCACUUUUGAGUUUGAGAAUCAUUCAAUGCCCAAAAUUGAAAGAAAGGUGUGAAGGAAGAGGCUCCCUCUACUGGCCACUCAUCUCUCAUAUCCCCUGCCCUGAAAUAGACUUCAGGUUGAUAGGGUGCGGAUUUAAGUUGUUAAUCAGUUGA